UUCAAGAUGAAAGUCUAGUUGCUGCAUAUGAAAUGUUAGAUCAGUUCUUUGAAUUUAUCCUUCACCAACUCUCAUAUAUCAGAAAGCACAAGGACUGCCCAACUGAUAUAAACGAAGCAGUAUCUAGUAUUAUAUUUGCUUCUGCAAGAUUUGGGGAUUUUCCUGAACUCUAUCCCAUUAGAAAGCUCUUUGCACAACGUUAUGGUCAAGAUUUUGUAACUGCAGCUUUGGACCUAUUACCUGGGAACCUUGUUAACACAAAGUUAAAAGAGAUCCUCUCAGUGAAAUCUGUGCCGGAUGACUUGAAGUACAGAGUAGUUGAUGAAAUAGCAAUGGAAUCUUCCCUACAAACUAAGGUGAAAGAAUAUAAAGGGAGUCAAUUAAUUGUACGUGAUUCCCAAAUAAUUCAUACAAAAGGAUCUAAAAUACAUUCUCCUUCGAAAUUUGAUCAAGAGAUAGAAACAGAUGUUACACCUUUAUCCUUCACCACACCAAGUGAUGCAUUUUCUCCACCAGAAUCCAGUUUAUGUAAUUCUUCAACAUCCGUUUCGCCUAUCCAACAAGAGAGAGUGGAGGAACUAGAAGAUAUCGAUGAAUGUGAGUAUUUUUCAUCAAAAGAUGGUUGCAGCGAGGACCAAAGGCUCGUAUUAUUCAAUUCAAGUGAAAGUGAUAUGGAUCGGGAUGAAUCAAGUAGUGACUCAAGCAUAAGGACCUACACAUCGCGAAAACUUGCAUCGAAGAAAAGAUUAAGAAGAAGAUCACCCUUGCUUGAAAGACAAGGCAUUGUUGAGAUUGGAUACACUUUACAUUAUCAAACACCAAGUCCACAAUCAAGUUAUCCAAAGAAAAGACUAAAGCAACAUUCCUACUCAGAUUCAUGUGAAAGAAAUAGUUUGGACUUCAACAUGAGUGAUUGCAGCUGCAAUUUGGAUAGCCCUUGUUACUGUUUUGUAUACAAUGAAAUAGAAAUUUUUGAGUACCUAGGAAGAUCUUCUUCUUCCACCAAUGCUUUCAAUCCAAACACAUGUGAUUGCUUAACAACAACUCCUUAUUCAAGAGCCUUGACAACAACACCUUCAAAGUUGAUGGGAAAUUACAACGACAAUUUGUUAAGGAUAUUGUCAUGUCCUUCUCCACGGCCAAAGCAUGUUCAUCCUAAGUUGCCAGACUAUGAUGACUUUGUUGCUACUCUCAUGGCUCUUCAGAGAGAGUUCACUCAUAGAGCAGAUUAG